UGGACGGCGGACAUGACAUUAAGCAGGCAGGGUAAAUUCGCAGCCAUUCAAGUGUGGCAUAAAUCGCCCAGAACAGUAUGUGAACAGUUCCAUGAUGCACAAAUAGUGCUGAUGCACUGAUUGUGGACUUUGCGAAAAGCAGAAUACGGUGAUGAUCUAAAUGAUUUAGGAGCAUGGCAGACACGGUGGACUGCGGGGCUGGCGUUGGACGAGAGAACACGACCCGGGCACGUUUAUGUCCCUGACGACAAUAAGAUGGACCAUCCUGAAAAGAUUGUCAAUGACCCUGUGCUUAAUAAAGUGGUGAAGAACCUCAAUGAGGCUAUGAAGAUUCUAGAAGAUGAUCGAAGUGAGGUUUCGGGGAAGCAGAAGGCCGCUCGGAGGCACAUCCCAGGACCCCUGCAGCGAUGUGGCCAGGACGCCGUCAGUAUUCUGCAGUUAGUUCAGAGCCUCAUGCGUGGAGGAGAGGCCGAGGUGCAUCCAUGCAGGGUGCAGGGUGACAGGAAGGUCAGGGAUGUGGUUCUUCUCGGGCACAGCGUAGAGGCGUAUAUCUCCAUGCUGGACCGGGAACAGCAGAGACGACUAGCCACUCGGGUCCAGUCCGAUGUCACACUUUGGCUCUCCUGCCUCUUCAGGUACGAAAACGGCUCCGUGUCUUUCCAUGAGGAUGACAGAGAGGGCCUUUUAAAAGUGUGUCGUCUUGUCAUCCACUCCCGCUACAAGGACUUCGCCACUGAAGGUGUCGCUGUGCUCGGCUACAGACAUCCUGUCAUCUACCAGAGCUCUGCCUGCAGGCCUGGCCUGGGUCAAUACCUUUGCAGCCAGCUGGGCCUGCCCUUGUCAUGCCUUUAUAUUGUGCCAUGUAAUACUGCUUUUGGAUCUGAACACCGAAUGGACGCUUUCUUGCUGGAUGGGAUCAUUAAGGAGGACGUGGAAUCAGGGAAGCUUCCUCUGCUGUUGAUAGCGAAUGCUGGGACGGCAGGUGCAGGACACACUGACAGGCUGGAUCAUCUGAGAGACCUUUGUGAUCAGCACAGCAUGUGGCUUCAUGUAGAAGGAGUCAAUCUAGCAAUGCUGGCUUUGAGCUGUGUCCCUUCCCCACUUUUGCCAGCUACGAAAUGUGACAGCAUGACUCUGACCCUGGGGCCGUGGCUUGGGCUGCCCUCCGUGCCGGCUGUUACCCUUUACAGACACGAGGACCCGGCCUUGGCUCUUGCUGCAGGACUGACUUGGACUCAGCUAGGAGAGAAUCUGCAGCCGCUUCCUCUUUGGAUGUCCCUGCAGUACCUUGGCCACAGUGGCAUAGUGGAGAGGAUCCAGCAUGCCUUGGGGCUGAGUCAUCGUCUUCUAGAAAGUCUGAAGAAGAUGGCAUUCAUUAAAACUUCGGGUGACAGACAGAUGUCUCUUCUCGAGGCUUUGAACAUGAUGGAGGAUGAGCCGAACUCUCCUGUGGUGGUUUUUAAGUUCUGUCAGGAGAGCUCCACAGUAUCUAAUGCAGAUUCAGUGAAUGAAUUCUCAGAAAACGAGGGAGAAUUUGAGGACACACUCAACAGAUGGCUGGGUGAACAGUUAGGGCUGCUAGUGUCAGCCAGCGGCCUGGACGUGGUCUACCUGGAUGACGAAGGUAGCUGUGUCCGCUUCAACCCGCUGAUGACCUCAGCAUUGUUGGGCACACAGGAAAGCGAUGUGGACGCUGUUGUGGAGCAUUUGGUCAGCUUGGUGCCUCUUCUCUGCUGGACCACGUGUCUUAGACACCAGUUCUGCGAGGAAGUAUCCCGCCAUAACAGGCUGAUGUACCUGGAGGAGCCGAGCUGGCCGGGUCUGGGUGCCGUCAGGUAUCAGCCCAGCGGGGAAGAACCUGAUGGUUCCAAGAGACAACAGCUGGUGGAAAAGAUCAAUAGUGACCUGCUGAAGCAACUGCAGGUUCUGGAUGCUGAAGUGGACUUCUCCACUGGUCCUGAGUUUGGUGCAGAGAAGAACUGUAUUUUUGUUGGCAUGGCAACAGAGGACCUUGAUGUGGUGAAAUUGGUUGAUACCAUUGAAGCCGUGGGAAGAGACAUCGAAGAGAGCAACCAGCUGUUGGACACUAUGUCAGAGGUGGUGCAGAGGGGCAUCCUGGAGGCUGAGUCACAGCUACAGAAAGCUACUGAAGAGAAGCUGAUGCAAGAGGGCGUCCUGAGGCAGAUCCCAAUGGUGGCUUCUGUCCUGAACUGGUUCUCUCCAGUCCAAAGUCUGGUCAAAGGCAGCACUUUCAGCUUGGCUUCAGGCUCGUUAAACUCCACAGAACACACAUACACCAUGAAGACCUUCGAAGUCCAAGGGAGGCCUGUCAUGUCAGCCACUGUUGCCAUCGAGGGGUCUCUUGGGAAGGAGUCAUCUCGUCGUUCCCAGGUAGCCUGUGACUCGCUUAGUCAGGCGAGCCAUCUGAGUCAUGCAGCAGGAGCAGAAAGGCAGAACAUUCAUUCCCCACUUCCAGAUGAGAACGGCCCUGACACAACCCUGGACCCCAAACAUUAACGCCCAACAGAGUCUCCACAGGUCAGGGGACACGCCAACAGAAGAAGGGGCUACUAGAAAGAGAGGCUUGCCAAUGAGAAGCAGAGGUUUGGGGAGACCAGACCAGAGAAGAGGUGGCUUGCUUUGUCACUAAAGCUCGGCUAGGGCAAAAAAUCAUGGCUGACACGCUUGUAACUAAGGUUUAAGGCUACUCUAAAGUUUCAGAGACUUAUUUAAAUAAUUUUUUGUAAUUCUGUCCAAAAAAUGAAAUUUAAUGAAAGACGGGGAAAGUCGCUGGCAAAAGAGGCAACUUUCACUGGCAACAGUGUAAUAUGCAGACUGCUAUUAACAUUUAAUGGCAGUUACGUGAAAUAUGCACAGACUUAUUUUCUUUCCUGCUUUGCCCUGCCAAGGUAUCACAGGCCUCAUUUUGCUGCCCUGUUCAGUGAGGGAUAAGAGGUACCACAGCAUUCAGUGCGUCGUUCCGACUCUGAGCCGAGUGAGGAAAAGACCGAUUUAAAAACAUGCUUCCCGUUUAGACUAAUGGUUUUUGUUACUCAGAGGAAAUUGAGUACACUAUUUUGACAGCGUUAUGCAAAAAUAAAUAUUCUAAUGUAGCUGCUCUUGUAUUUUUGAGAAAGUUUAAGUUACACCUUUAAAUAAAUGAUAAGAAAGCUAUUAAAUGUCAUAUGUUUACAACACUUAAGAUGUGGGAGCCUUUUCAUUUAGCAAAUGUUUUAAAAUAAUUUAUAAAAUGAUUAUGAAAUUUGCAAACAUAUCUAAUGCAUUUGGAUGUAUGAUCCCAUUAAGUUCAGUUCAUGCCGAACACCAGACCCGCACCCAUAAGCCAUCAAGUCUUAGUCUCUUGUCUUAGUUAUUUUUUAGUUACUCACCUCCAAGCAGGAUCUGUUGUUUAGCUAGAUUUAAGGUACCCCAAUUUAAAUGGACUUUAUCUUUGUUCAGUUACAUUUAGAUCAGACUACCUUAAAUCUGACAAAUUAUCCUACAAAACCCAAAAUUCCAGUUUAGCAAUACAGGCCCCUGCUCUUUCCUGCUUGACUAGCUAAUGAAUAAUGUGACGGCACGGAAUGCGCCCCAGGCAGUGAGUAGCAACUAUUUGAACAACCCGAACCUUCAUUUUCAGCCUAAAAAUUACAGCCAUGAUUCGUAACAAUGACUUAGGGAAGGGAACAUUAGUUUUUUUUAACAGGGGUCACAGCCCGUGAGCCUACAGCUGAUGCUCAGUAUUGGUUAUUUUGUUUUGUAUGAUGCUAUAAUGGAUUGGGGUAUUCCAUGUUUUUAUAUUGUGAUACAUUAGAAAUUACUUGUAAAGGGAAAAGAACGAUUGUAAUAUAUACAAUAUAUCAUUUAAAGGUU